AUGGAACUAAACUCGGACACUGUAUUUGGUAUUUCAUCUUUUUGUCGUAAUUCUUCUAGUGUAUUGUUUUAUAAACAGAAGGCUUGUUAUUUUGUAGAAGACUGUGUAGGUGCUUCGAAUGCGACGAAGCCGUCAACACCUGGAUUUGUUAAAACCUGCUGUAGAUGUCACUGCUCAAGACCAAUAGAAGAUUUUAUUAGAGUAAGAGGUACCGUUAUUCGAGAAUUCAACAGUUGUAACCGGUGCUCCAUCCAGAGGAAAAGCUACUCGCAUAAUAAUUUGACAACUCGAAAAAGGAGACGAAUAGAUGGGCAAAAAGACAAAAGCGAACAGGUCGAUCACGUAAAUGAGUUAGAAAUUAUCACACCAACAAAAGUAUCAACAACGAAUAACAUUGAUGUGAUAAUAUGUCAAUCAGAUCAAAUUGAAAUGAUUGUACAUAGUAAUUUUGAAGAGGCCAGACAGACAAACAAGCCGAUUCAACUUGGCUUUCAUAUAACAUUAGAACCCGACUUUAUUCAAAAGAUCUUUCCGAAUUCUCCGAUAAUCAACAAGGAUGAACUACGUCAGCUUGCGGAAAUAUUUGCACAGAUUGUCAGUAAUGGGACCACGUAUAGAUGGGAGAUCCGGGAUAUAUACAUAAGUUCAUUACAUAUUGGUCGUGGAUCUAUUUGGUUGGGUUGUUGCCAGAGUGACCUUCGAUCCUGGAAGCCACCAGCCAAUAAAAUACAACCGACACCACAACGAAUGAUGAAUGAACAGUUAUCGAACGUGUUACAACUUGAUCCGGCUAGUAUUAUUAAUCAAGAUUUAAUCGAACAAUCUUUUGUCGAGCAUUCGUUAUCAGAGGAUUUGCUUAUGUCUGAUCAAGUCGUAGCGGUAUUGGAUGAACGUGUAUUAGGAGAGAGCAUUUAG